CACAGUCCCCGGCCCCGCCAUCUCCUCCCGUCCCAUCCUGACGUGGGCCAUCGUCCCACAUGUCUGUCCUUGCACUCGCUUCCUCUGGAGCGCCAUGUCCCUCACAGACCCCGGCAGCCGUCCCGUCCCUUUGGUGACAGCGCCAGCCCCUAGAGGGACUGUCCCCAUCUCCGUGCACUCCCAGAGCCCGGGGGUGUGGUUUCCAUCACUGAUGGAAAUAACAAAACAGCUCCGGCCCAGCCUGGGUGCCCAGGAGGGACUGGGGACACGUGUCUGUGCGCAGUGCCAGCCAUGGGGACAGUGCACCCUGACCCCGUGUGCCCACGCUCCCAGCUUGAGACCGUCCUCAGCUCCGCUUUCCCGGGAUGUCGGCACUGUGAAACACCGGGCCCUGCCCGGCUGAGGAGGGUGCGGCCGGCGGGGUGAAGCCCAUAAAACACCGUGUUUUGUGACAGAAAACGAGUGAAGCAGGCGCUGUUUUCCUCUGGCAAGGGCGGCUUUCCAGCGGCUCCAGUGCCAGCGAGCAUCUCAGCGGGGCGGGCACAGCGCCCGGCUCGGACACCCCGCCCCGGCCGCCGCCUCCUCGCUCCCUCCGCGGGCACAAGGAGCAGCGGGUCCCCGCGGUGCCCGGCCACGCCGCAUCGCUGUGCCACAGCCAGCAGGGCCACGCCACAACCAUGUCUGAGCUGGAGAAGGCCAUGAUCGCCAUCAUCGAUGCCUUCCACCAGUACUCCGGGAAGGAGGGAGACAAGCACAAGCUGAAGAAGUCGGAACUCAAGGAGCUUAUCAACAACGAGCUGCCCCAUUUCCUCGGUGAAAUCAAAGACCAGGAGACUGUGGACAAAGUCAUGGAGGCACUGGACUGCGAUGGGGAUGCAGAGUGCGACUUCCAGGAGUUUGUGGCCUUCAUUGCAAUGGUCACUGCUGCUUGCCACGAGUUCUUUGAGCAUGAGUGAACUGGUGGGAGGCAGGUGAGCCCCCUCUGCUCAAGCUGGAGAGAGGCAAGGCAGCAUUGCUCCUCCAGGAAAAGGACUGGGUGUGAUUACAGACACCUUAGAGUUCAGCAUGUGCUAGACUUAAGCAGCUUAUUAAACGUGCUGUGGCUUUAUGAGCACUAAACACUUGUGUGGCUCAGGAAAGGCUAAAGUGCCCCUUGGGCUGGAUGCAGUGAGCGAGUGCCUUGCCUCAAGCUCCUUCCCUGCUGUUUAAAGUCAGGAAUUGAAUGGGGCUAGAAGCAGAGGGAUGGUGUGGUCCAAGUUUGCAUACAAAGGAAAAAAGUUAAUUCAGGAGUUGAAGAGGUGAUGCAGAGGGGCUGGUUAUGGGAGCCUGCUGCUGAGCCCACUGGCUGGAACAGGAAGGCUCCCAGCGAUUCAUGUGGGUUCUGUGCAUGGCAUUGGAAACCAGCUCCUGCCCCCUCACAGGUGCUCAGCAGAGCCCACCCACUUCUUGGUACAUUGUGACACCCUCGGCUUGUAAGGCAAAGUGUAAUAAUUUAAAAGCUAAAAAUCUGAUUGCUCAGGCUUUUCACUUGUUAACAUCAAUCCUGCUUUUAGCAGCCUGCAGAACUGGAAGCAACAGAGCACUGGGGUCAGUUCCUGGGCCUGGGAUACGCCUUGACAAAGUGUUCAGGCUCAGUCAGAAGGGAAAUGAGAUCGGCUCAGUGUGACCACAGACCAGGCACAGCCUCCUGAGUGUGUGGAAAUGACAGGAAUAAAAUGUUGGUUUGGCCUCUGGUGAAAAACGUGUCCUUUUGUGCCAGGCUGCUCUGCACUGAGAGAGAAAGGCUGGGAGGCUGCCCCUUCUUCCUUCUCCCUCUCUAGGGGAGCCAUCUCCUUUGGCAGGACCUCUCUGCUGAGUCCUGGUGCAGGGCCCUGUCUGGAGUGCCAGCAGUGCUGGUUCUGGCUGACAGCUCCUCUGGGGAUGGUGCCAUCACUGCAGCCAGGAAUGUCAAGGCUGGGGGUGAAUGGGAUUGGGAUCACACCAGGGUGUGCAGGGACUUGUGUGGGGUGCUGAGGGUGCUCUCAGCUCAGGGGUCCAGGUGUGGCAGUGGGCAGGGAGGGGGCAGAUGCAGGGCAUGGUACAUGUACCACGGCAGAGCUGGAGGGAGAGCUCACUGAUGACACCUGCACCAUCACCUCCACCAGGGUAAGGGCCAGAGCACCUCAGGGGUGUGGAGGGAGAGCAGCCCCACGUAAGCUGGGGGUCUCUUAUCUCUGGGUUUGCAUAGGCUUGCCCUUUUCUGCCAAAAAAAAGCCAAAAGCCAAAGCUCUGCCUUGUGCAAUGCCCCAAAGUGAGCUCACCCUGUGCCAUGCCAUGGCACCCUAUUCCAUUCCAUCUCAUCCUAUCCUAACUCCCCUGGCCGGCAGUGACAUGUUUACCUCCUGAGCUCUGGUUUUCUCACCCUCCCCAGCCUUUCUCACACCCAACACUCCUUCUCAUUCCCAUCCUUCCUUCCCAGGGGACACAGGGUCCCAUGGGGGAGAGCCUGGAGAGAGAACUUUCUCUACCCUGACAGCUCUGGAGAAUUUCGGAAGCGCAGCGGCUGCUGUGGGUCAGCCUGAAGAAGUUGCUGGAAGGCAUCAUCAGUGAUGUCAUACAUGAUGUAGUGAUGUCAGCACUGCAGCUUGGCAGAGGUUCAAAACACAGGAAAUUCAGGAGCAUCCAGGCUUUACAACUGCUUUACCUGCAAAGCAAUUGCAGUGAAACUUCACAGAAAAAGCUCUUAAGGCAUUAAACUGUAAUAUGAGCAAGACCUGUGCUAACAGCUUAAGCUUCAACAUUCAUCAAGUCAGAUUGGCAAGAGCUGUUU